UUUUUACAUGAUUAUUUAAUAUUAACAGCAAAAUUGCGCAGACGAUCGGGAUCAAUAUGGCUGCAAAUUGACAGCCGGUAGGAAAUUGACUAGCCUUGAAAUUUUUCGAGAGGUGUCUUAUUUCUUAGUUGUUUCUUACAUUUUAUGCCUCAGAAAUUAAAUUUAAUGAUUCAACUGUUUAUUUGUGGAAUUUGCAAUUGUUUGAAGGAUUAACUCGCCUCGUAUCGGCGAUGUAUUCACAUGACAAGCUGGCAUACAUCGAUUUCAAGUGGAGGCAUGCAUGUAUAAACAUGUGUUGAAAGCCACCAAUCCGGGCAUUCGUUCUCGCUAACCGGCUCUGGCACACACAAACAGACCCUUGUGCGACUAGAGACGGGAUAGGUCUAAACAACUUUGGUCAACAACGGAGAGAGUGGUCGACUUUCAUCACAGAACACGUCAACUUCUUGGAACAGGCCUCUUUCGUCUGACACAGUUGUAGAAUGACCCUUCUUGACCUUCAUCGGUCUCCUGGUCUUAAUAAUUUGGACGAGCCAAUGACUGAAACCCAAGAUUACAUGAGUUUUAACGUCUGGAGAGGCACCCCAGAACAGAUGCAGCACAUGAUGACCGAAGAAUCAAACGGUGACGCAAUCAUGGGUGACAACAUACAUUUAAAGAUCUUAGUGCCGUCAAUUGCCGCCGGAGCCAUCAUUGGUAAAGGAGGAGAAACCAUCGCUCAAGUACAAAAAGAGGCUGGAGCCCGCGUUAAAAUGUCCAAAGCUAAUGACUUUUAUCCAGCCACAACAGAAAGAGUAUGCUUAAUAAUGGGUGCUGCAGAUGCUGUCAGAAAAAUACACACAUUCAUCAUGGAAAAAAUUAGAGAAAAACCAGACCCCAACCCAAAGUUAGAAGAAACAAAUAAAAACUUUGAGAGGCACAGACAGGUUUGUAAUGAAGUGAAAAUUUUAGUGCCAAACAGCACAGCGGGAAUGAUUAUAGGAAAAUCAGGAAACUACAUAAAACAGAUAAAGGAAGAAAGUGGGGCCUACAUACAGAUAUCACAGAAAUCUAAAGAAAUAAAUUUACCAGAACGAUGUGUUACUAUAGCUGGUGAUGUUGAAUCCAACAAAAAAGCAGUAGACUUGAUUUUACAGAAAAUUGUUGAAGAUCCACAAAGUGGGAGUUGUCCAAAUAUCAGCUAUGCAGAUUAUACUGGUCCUGUUGCAAGUGCUAAUCCUACUGGUUCCCCAUUUGCAAACCCUAAUGUUGCACAAAACAGAGGACAAGAAAUGGUUGUCAACACAACCAAUUAUUCAACCCAAGGUGCUUUUGGCAUAGGAAUAAAUGGGAACACUGCUUUUAGCAAUAGUUUAGGGAAUGGAAUUACAAAUUUGAAUUUAAAUGCUGCAUUAGGGGCACCAGGAGGAAGCAUGACAAGUUCAGCAUUGGAAAAUUUGAAAAUGACAUUGCGUGGAAACGGGUAUUCAGAACAGGCUACAGAGGAUAUCAGUAACGCUAUGAACACAUUGGCAAGUUAUGGCAUUCUAGGAAUGAUAGGACUGAAUCAAAUUCCUACAGUAAAUAAUAUGGGAACGAUUGCAAAUAUGGGACAGCCUACACCAGGGAUGACUGCUGGUGUUGCUAAUAUGCAGAAUAUGCAGAACAUGCAGAAUAUGCAGGCUACCAUGCAGCAAGGAAUGAACAUGAAUUCUUCCCUUGGGGCUCAGGGAAUGAUGGCUGCCACACCUGCAAGCUCAGCACAGAAUAAUUCUUAUCUCAAUACGAGCAAUAGCUCAACUGGUGCAGGUAGUUUGUUUGGACCUGUUGGUAGUGGGUCAUCUGGUUUGGGGAGUUCUGGAUCAACUGGAGCUGGCUCUAGUCUGUUUGGGAGCUCCUCACCAAGUAUGGCCAAUGAGAGAUAUGUUGGGAGCCCCAUGUUGAAUGACUCAUUUACAGGGGCAACAAAUUACACAAGCACUCCAACAGCAUUUGCCGCACCAACCAUGCAGACUGAAAAACCGCCAAACAUAGCACUGAAUCAAAAUUCUUUUGGUUUAGGAACAAGUAUGUACAGUCCAACAGAGGAUAAACAACAAACCAUUAAACAGGAUUUGGAAGUAGCAGAAAGUAUAGUGGGGGCUAUUUUAGGCCCAGGAGGGAAAGGGAUUGUUGAAUUACAGCAGUUUACACAAACCAACAUCCAGAUUUCCAAGAAAGGAGUUUACGUACCUGGUACCAGAAAUCGUAUUGUCACAGUAACUGGUACUCCAUCAAAUAUAGGAAAAGCACAGUAUCUUAUACAACAGCGUAUACAACAAGAAGAACUUAAACGUGCUAGACAAGCAUCUCGUUAAUUGAAAUUAGUGGCUUUAAGAAAUUUAUUAUUAUUCCCCCAAAAAGACUGUUGUUGUUUUUCUUUUUUUAAAUUUUAUUAAGUUAAUAUUUUAUUAUUGUGGUUGGAGAGUAAUAUGUAACAGCACCCAUUUGUGAUGUUAUUAGUAUUCAAACAUGGACUUGAUCAACAAUCACAAUUCACACGAAAUUUGCAUGCCCAUAUUUGUUUUUUAACGUGUUUUUGUUUUUCGUUUUUCAUGAACUUUUAAGUCUUUCUUUCCCAAGUUAUGGGAUUUUUAAAGCAUGUAGGAAACAUCUUAAUAACAUUUAGUGUUUGUUUUUGUAUAUAUAUUUACUGAUACAGUCAUGCAUACUAAAUAGAAGUACAACACAUUUGUGAUACAUGCAUUGUCAUUUCCAAUGUAAAAGUCAGAAGAGCAUUGAUAUUUAUUGCAUUUCGCUAGAAACAGAAGUAAUGUGAUUGGUUAACUUCAAUCUUGGCAAUGUUUUGCAAAUUUUUAUUUGUAGAAGAAAAUGUCUCUUGAUCUUUUCGGUAAUGAUUGUGGUGAUCAAGGGGAUACAACUCUUGUUGAAUUUCAGUUCAUUGGAAAUUAUAUAUAGUGAGACAAGACAGAGUGGCAAUUUUCAAAAGGUUUCUUUUAGGGAGUAAAAAAUAAAAAGCAAGACAUUGCACGACAUGGAAUACCUGGAGGGUGAUACGUUUUGUUUAUAUAUUAUGGUUAUAUUGGAAUGAAUGAAUGUUUCCCCUAUUUAUAUUGUGAUUAGGAUAUAUUGUAAUAUUAUAUAAUUAUAUAUAUAUUAUAUUAACUUUUUGACAGACUGAUAAGAUUUGUUGACGUAUGUUUUAGUCAAAUUUGAUUGUUAUUAUUAUUUAACUCAAAAGUUGUUAACGAUUUGUAUGUAUAUGUCUAUUUAGAUAUAUGUGUGUAUAGUCAUAAAACACCCUUUGAACAUAAUGUUCACAUUUUUUCUAUAAAAAGGAAAAUUUUUGGUUAUUUGCCAGAAAUCUUUUUUUCUGUUUUGAAUUUGACUUUAAUGAAUGUUGCACUAGUGAAAUUUCAAUACAUUUUUUUCAAUCAGAGAAGAUUUUUGCCAGCAGCAAUUUCUAAUAUGUUUAUAUGAAAUAGAAUUGUUGAUUAUAAUGACAGUUUGUGGUUGGCCUGAAUGAUUUUUCACACAGGAAUAAAAUUUGUCUAAUUAAUAUUUAUCAUUGAUUAAAUAGUGUAAAGCAACAGGUCAUUGUCAACAUACUUAAUAAAUAGCAGUAAUUAUGAAAUUUUCAUAUAGAUAAAACACAAUUUAAUUCAGUAAAAUUGGAAAUGCUGACUUCACCAUAAUCAUUUAAACAAGACUGAAGAAAAAUGAAUGAAAUUGUCAGUUUUUAUCCACAUCCAAAGAUAUAUACAAUUUAACAAUGAAAGCAAUAUCUAACAAAGUUGUCUUAUUAACAUAUUUUGAUUAUUUUAUAGAAUAUUUUCUGGCAAAUAAUUGAUGGUCUUUGAAAAUAAUUUUUCAUUGAAAGGUGACAGAUGUUAAAUAAGUUUUAAUAUUGAUCAUGUAGAUGAUUCAUCAAGUAGGUAUAGUAACUAUGAUGACAGAGUUCUACCUAUGUAUAAAGGUGAACAGAUUUUUUUUUUGCAUGUUAUUGAAAUCAUUGGAUUAAAAUUAUUAACACUAUGUAUAUAGCAGUGUUAUAUGUAUAUGUCAUUUAACAUCUGUAGCUUUUCAACGGAAAGUUAUUUUCGAUUAAUUUAUUAUACCAUAACACCACAUAGAUAUACAUGUAUUAGUAAAGGCAGGUUUACCUGGAAAGGAAUAACUUUCUAGAAUUUGUACUAGCGUGGUAGGUGAAGAAUUUCACAGCUUUCUUUUUUGUGCUAGCUGUGUAAUGAAAUAAAAAUAUUCAGUGGAAGGUUAGAUGUGUGUAAAAUUACCUGAAUAACGGGUACAAUUAGUUAUUAUAUUUAUUUUUUUGUUUUUGGUGUGAAAUGAGCUAGUAUAAAUUUUCUGAUCUAUUAUUAUCUUCUAUAUUACUCUCUCUUUGCUCUCUGAGUUUUCCUGCCCAGUGCUUGUUGAAUACAUAAAAUAUUUUGUCAUUAUUCAGCCCAUUGUGUGAAGACAAGUCUUUCAAAAAAUCUGUCAAAGUGUAUCAUCACAAGAAAAUUGAGCAUGCUUUUUUUUCACCGAUUUUAUAUUAUGCAUCUUGUACUCAAAACUCAAACUUGUGCAUUGUCACCCCAUUGUAUGAAUAUAGAUCAUCUUGGCAUCAAUCAUGGGUUUUUCUUCGUUAUUUCAAUGAUGUGCCAGCUACGGAGUCUUUCAAAUAAUUACCCUACUUUCAGAAAAAAACAACUUUCAUUUAUUAUUAUUUAUUAGUGUGUGGUGAUGAUGAUUUGAUAAUUAAUAGUUAUUCAAUUAAUCACUGUGAAGAGAUUUUAUGACAUAGUUAUUUAAGUUUUUUGUAUGAAGAGUGUGUUUUUUGGAGACCAGUUGUUAUAUCAAUGCAUUGUCCAUAGUAUUUUCAUAAAUUUUCAUAUCUUCACCAGUCAAUACUUGGGUGCUGAAAAUUGACAACUGUGAUAAUUUAUUUAACUUCGCACACUGAAAAAAGAAUCAUCUUUCCCAUCUUGUUCACGACAGAUGAGUUAUCGCAGAGAUACUCAAAAACUCUACCCAUUCACAUUGUACAUUAUUUAUACAAAUUAUGCCAGAAAUAAAAUGUCCAGGAAAAUUUGUGCAGUUGGCUUUAACUUGAAUCUUUCAAUUUUCAGUGAACUUCAACACCUACACAAUAAAGAAACAGUGUUAAUCUCCAAAGUAUAGCUACUCAAGUCUUUCUGUAGGCUCAGAAGUAAAACAUAAGAUCAUUAAGUGAUACAAAUUUUCUAUCGUUUUGUAUCGUUGAAUAAAGCAUUCAGUGAAUGUCUAGGUUGAGGCAACUGCAUAUAAUUUUUCAUUUCAUAUUCAUGCAUCUUCAUUAAAAAGCAUGACAUGUUCAAACUUUCAAAACUUUAUUAGUCAUUCUACUUUCAUUUUCAGUAGGAAAUCAACAUAAUAUUAGACCAACCAUCGUUUUUUAAAUGGCAGGGAUCCUAUUCAUUUCUUCUUUAGAUUAGAAAAUUUUGAUCUCAAACCAUAUAAACUAUUGUUUCCUGUACAAAACUUCAUGGUUAAUAUGACCCCAGACUAGCCAAUAUCAUACAGUAUUUAUUAUUUUAUUUAUUUCCAUAUUCACUCAUACUUCUCAAAUCAUGAAAUUUGACAGUGAAAGUCAUAACUUUCCUGUGAUUGUAUGUUAACAGUUUACAUCUUUCAAAUGUAUUCCAGCCAAUCAAAUUGGUGCAAGUAUUCAGUGCAGAACAUACAUUUUCAAAUGACCACUCAUUUCAUGGAGUAUUUAAAUCUGUGAUAACACAUAGAAUUUGGUCGUUUUGAUCUUGAUCAUCCAUCAUUUCUUGCCUUUCACUUUCAAAUUUCUUUGAUUUGUGUAGUGUAGUGAAGAAAGUUCCUUAUACAGUUAAUCACUUUUUUAUGUAAUGAAAUCCUAGUUUCAGUGUAAAUUAUAACCAUUUCAUUUCAAGGUUUAUACUAGAUCAAAUGUUUUAAGAUAAAAUCUAAGUUUUAUACAGUUUAAGCAUGUCAUACUUUCUACUGGAAAUGCAUUUUGUGAAAGAGAUUUUUAUUGUUCAGCAGUUUUAUUUUUGUAUGUUUUAACUGAUGUACUAGUUAUGUUUUAUAGGAAGUUUUUAAGUUGAGGUGUGGCCAAAAUAAGGUCAUGGUGACCUAAUUUUGAGUGUUGAGAAUAAAAGAUCUGAAAAAUAUUUGAUGUAACUUAAGAAACAGAAUGAUUCUGGUGUUUUUAAACUUUUUAUUUAAUGAGACACUGUAAAAGUACUAAUUUUUGCUGUAAAUGAAAGGAUAUUGACUUGAAAAAUCAUCAAAUUUAUAUACACUAUAGAAUUUGUGAGUUCUAAUAAAAAUUUAUGUAUACUGUUGAAAUAGCUUGUGAAAAAGUAAUUUUUUAAUAAGAUUAUUAGAACAAUGACCAUCAGUUUGUUUUUUUGCUGACCCAGGGCUUUGCUUUUAGAAAACUGAAUCAUGAAACAUUCACACAUAAAAUAAUUCAUGGAAAAUACUAGUAAAUAAACGGAACCUACUUACAAAUCGGCUGUCUUGUUUGUCUAUGAACAGAGCUUGCAUUGAAUUGGACUGAAAAUAUAACCAUCUAUUUUGCAAAAUUAUCCAUACUGUAAUUUAUAAAAAUCAAUUGGCCUAAAGAUGUCAAUGUUGUCAUCAUUUUUAAUAUGAAUGAUUUUUUUUCAUAAGACAUUUAGCAAACAACAAUCAGUCAAUAAAUUCUUUGGAAAUUAGUACUUUUACAGAAAUUUUUACAUCAGACCAUAUUGUAUAGGUAAACUUGUUUCAUUUUAAAUGACCUGGACAUAAACUGUAUAGUUUAAUGUAUCAAUUUUUUUAUAUAUAUAUUUCAGUAUUAUUGAUAAAUUUUCAGAAGAGAAAUAUCAUUUCUUUUCUUUUACAAAACAGGAUUUUUGUAAAUUUGAGACAUUGAGACAAAAAUAUUAUUGUUUACAGUUUUAAACAGGCAAAAAUUUAGAAUCGAGAAAAACAUCAAAGCUUGUUGCAGAUUUAAAAUCAUUUUAUCUGUAACAAUCCAAAUUGGAAUUUUUUUUACUAUUUGACUUUUUGCAUAUUCAGCCUACCUUUCUUUUGUAAUUUAAAAACAAUUGGAAAGAAAAAGUUGCAUAUCAAACAACAGAAACUGCAGAUGUAAUUCUAUAUCAAGAACAUGAGAAUUUUGUUCACUGUUUCAUAUGUUACAAAAAUCAUUGAGUUAAGUGAAAUCUAGUCUACUACCUCUUAAGUAAUGGGUAAUGUUGUUGAUUGAUGACGAAGAUAUGCAAAUUAGUGAUUAAUUUCUAUGUUGUUAAUUAACUUAUAUGUCUAUGGUACAAUUGUAUGAUACAAAAACUGGACUCUAAUAACAUCCUCCAAGUAGAGAGUCAAUAACUUUGAAGAAAAGUUGAUAGGACCCAUUCAUGAAAUACCUUCAGUCAUAAAAAAUAGAAUAGAAAUAAUUAACAUUUUAUAUGUUAAGUGGAAUCACAUUUUUUCAAGCUAAGCCAAUUUCACAUAGUCAUUAUUUUCUGUACAGUUUUAGAAAUUUUCAUUUAUUUUGCAGAGUGCUUUUUUGAGUUGAUGAGAAAUGGUGAUACUUUAUAUAUAUAUAUAUAUAUAUACAUAAUAUAUAUUAUUAUUAAUUAUUUAUUUAUGGAUUGAGGAGAUGAAUUUAGUUAUUCAAAUGUCUGUGAUAUCAUUCAGCCAUUUUGUAUAUAUAUCUCGUAGAAUCACAGUAGAUUUAGUUUUUAUUCCAUGUGUUUUAACAUUAUACCAUUACAGAGUGCAAAACUUCAUCUUUUUGUCAGUUUUUUUAAGUAGUGAUUCCACAGAAAAGUUGUGUAAAUUUAACUGUUACACUAUUUCGUUUAACUUCAACUGUAUAUGCAGUUGAAAAAUACAUGGUCAGAAGGUAUUUCAUGAUAUGGUAACAAAAACCUGUUAUUUUUUUUCAAUCUGUAGUUGGUUUAGGGAUUUAUAUGAGUUCAGCACUGAAAGUCCUUGUUUGCAACCUUAAAUCAACUAAAUGAAACCAAGAGUACAUAUUUUACUUGAGUUCAUUGUAGGAUUUGUAUCAGAAAACUCAAAACCAAAAACAAGGGAACAGAAACAGUAUUUUACUUUUGUACAUGGUUCUCUUAAUAAUAGUUUUGCAUUACUUGAAAAUAGUUUAUUUGUUCAGUAUGUUAAUUUGCUCCCUUUAUUAGAUAUAUCUAAAUACCAUUAACAAGUAUGUACUCUUGGCUACUAGAUGUAAUGUAUGCAUAAGUUACUGUUGGUAUUUGCUUUGAUAUCUCCAUAGUAUGAUCAUGAAUCAUCAGGUGAUGUAAUUGGUGCAGCGUGAGAGAAUUUGUAAAUAGGACAUUUGAUCAUGUGAUUUAAAGACUUUGGGUAUGAACAAAUUUUAGUUCAGCUAGAAACAUUCCUGUAAACCAGAUUAUUUAAAGCAGGGCAGAGAGACAUGUUGAGAAGUAGCCGUUCAUUUAUGACAUGCUGUCAUGAAUUUUAAGUCUUUCUGACAUGAUAUUUGAAGUUUGGUCAUGUAUUAAUUUAAUGUGAUGUGCAAUUAUGUUAGAACACACAUAAUGUUUAAUUUAUUUAAAUUGAAAUAAGCAAAAUCAUCAAAUUGCUCUUAGAGGGCUCCACAUGGUUAUAUCAUAUUCCUCAAGAUAAGUGCUGUGAUACUCAUUAUAUCAUCCAUAUUUAUUUCAAACAGACUUCAAAACGUACAAAGGUUUUCACAGUUCAUAGAGAUGAAAGCAGCUAAAAAAAUACUGGAACAUUGAGAAUGUCGAAAAGACAAUGGAUAUAAAUAGGGCAACAAAAAAAAGAAAAACCCUUAUAUUUUGAUAUAUAUAGUAAGAAGUAAUAUUAAUCAAAAAUUCAGGAAGUGGUAUUGUAUCUUAUAGGAGUUAAUUUUUUAACAAUACAUCUUAACUUAAUUUUAAUAUUGAAAAGAUCAGAUGUUUUAUUUGCCUUUUAACCUACAGUAUUUUGUUUUAUACCAUGGAUAUUAACUGUUUUAUCCCAAACAUAUUGAAUUCAAAACUAUCAUGAAGAAUAGAGGGGAUGAAUUGAACCUUGUCAUACACCAAAUAAUUUAUUUAAAGGUAUAGAUCUUCUACAGCAAAUGUGAUGAUCUCGUGUGUCACUGUCAUGUUGAUGUAAUCAACUGAGACAUGUGUGUAAGUGCACACUAGUGUGAUCAGUUGACAUACUCAAGUGAUCAGUUCGUGUUAUUUAUUGUGCAUAAACGCAUGCCAUACUUAAUAUUGUUAUUAUUUUCUUGUUUUCUGAGAGUAUAUUAUUUAAAUUUUAAUUUAUUUGAAAUAAGUUCACUUUAUUGUUGAAUUUGUUGAACAAAUUAAAAGAUUAUUUGAAUAAAGAGUAAUCUUCUGUUAAUGUAUAGUUUUUGUAAAGUUAUCUACUAAGAUGUAUAUUAAAUCUGUAAAGAGAAAAUCUAUUUAUCUAACUUGCAUUGACAAGUAAAUGAACUUUGGUUAAAGCAAAAAAAGUAAUGGAGUGGUCAGCUCAACUGGCCGAAAUUAAAAAAAAAUGUAUUGGGUAUAGUUGUGUCUAUAAGAAAUAUUAUGAAGUGUUUUCAUUCAGUUUAUAGAGGAAUAUUUUUGUUCAUAAGUGUGAAAGCUUGCCUGACCAACACUGAACAAUUAUACUGAGUUUAAGAAAAUAUGAAGUAUUAUAAUGUUCAGUUAGGAGAGGGAUAUUUUUAUUUGUGAGUGAUCAAGUUAACAACACAACAAAAUGCAAAUACAUAAUACAUUUGGUGUGACAUGCCUUUCAAAAUUUGUAAGAUCUUGAGACAAUUAGCGUGGCAGAAAAAGAAAUUUAAUUUUGGUAAUUUGUGUCAGACGAUUAGAUUCAAAUACCUGCACAAUUGAAUAAAUUUUGCCUGAUAUGUCAAAUUGACAGAUUUGAUAAACACAGACAGACUGUUAAUUUCAUGAAAUUUUAUGUUGCCAACAAUAAUUUUAAAUUAACACCCCAAGCAGAUUUAAUUCUCAAAUGUUUUAAGUAAAUAUAAUAUACAUUAUAUUUUCUGUUACUAAAAUUGUCUGUGUCACAUGAAAAUGUUCAUUCAUAAAAAUAUCCCUCUGGUACAGUUUUUAUGCAAACAGGUAUAACAAAAAAGGGUUAGUCGACAGAGAUACCUCUAUUGUUACUAUUUUGUUUCCUUUUAUUUUUUAAUUUUAUUGGCAUGCGAGUAAAAUUAGUUUGAAUGGAUGUUAGUAUGGUACUUCAGAAGAAUUUACUGUUUAGUUGAUGUUGUGAAAAAGGAAAUUUUAUGUAGAUAUGAAUGCAAAUACCACAUACAAAUGAAUUAAACAGAUUUACACAAGAAAAGUAUCUAAAUAAAAAAAUUGGGCUGAAA